CUUUACCAACUAGUAGAUGGCCCAUCAGGCAAACUUGUGAGGAUGAGUUAACUGACAGAAUUGGUAUUAGCAUGACGGUCAAUAAUGCAAGUCAUGAGAAUUGUGGUAUGCAAUUAAUUGAUGUUAAUAGGUAUAGUGACUAUUACAAAUUGCUGAGAGUUACAUGUAGGGUAAUGAAUGUAUUCAAAUACAAGUCUUUCAAAGGUAUUCUAAGAAGCCCCACAGUUCAAGGGAUUACAGACGCAGAAAUAUUAUGGGUCAAAGAAAUGCAAAAGAGCAUGACUGAUUGGGAAACAAGGUUCAAAAGAUUGGGACCAUCAGUUGAAAAGGGAAUUAUAGUAGUAGGACAACGAAUUUCUAAGUGGUUGAAAGACAAUUGGAAUCAAGAAAAUUUCAUGUUAAUACCGAAUAAACAUCCUGUUACUAGGUUGUACAUAUCCUGUCUACAUAAAGUGGACCAUGCAGGUAUAGAGACUACAUUGUGUAAGUUACAGAGGAAGUUUUGGGUUCCAGGAGCUAGAAAAUUAAUAAGAACCAUAAAAAAUAAAUGUGUAACAUGCAGAAAAUUAAAUAAGAAAGUGGAAGAUCAAUGUAUGGGUCAAGUGAGGGCGGAAAGGAUGAAACCUGCUCCACCAUUCUAUCAUACAGCAGUAGAUUUGUUUGGGCCAUUGACAAUAAGAGAUUCAGUUAAGAAGAGAACUCAUGGUAAAGCAUUUGGAAUUAUUUUUAAUUGCUUAGUGACAAGAGCAGUUUAUCUGGAUCUAGCUAUGGGAUAUAGUACCGAUGAUUUCUUAACCACUUUUCAAAGGUUCAUUGCUAUUAGGGGGGCCCCUAAAUUUAUGUAUUCUGAUAGGGGAACUCAGCUAAUAUCAGCUAGUAAGAAAAUAGAGAGCAUUGGGGAGAAAGAAGGUGUGACCUGGAUUUUCAAUAUGCCAAGUGAUGCACCAUGGUAUAAUGGUGUAAGUGAAGCACUGAUCAAAUCAGUCAAAAGGAGUAUUUGUGUUAGUAUUGGAGAUUCUAUACUAACUUUUGGAGAAUUACAGACUGCCUUAUUUUGUAUUGCCAAUUUAAUGAAUGAAAGACCAAUAGGCUUAAAACCUGGAUUUAGUUUGGAAUUAGGUAGCUAUCUCUGCCCAAAUGAUCUGUUACUUGGUCGAUCUAGCUGUCAUUGUCCUAUUGGCUUAUAUGAAAUUGAUGGAGAUCAUAAAAGGAGAUUGAGGUUUAUCCAAGAUAUUAUAAAUUCUUUUUGGAAGAAGUGGCAAAGGGACUAUUUCCCGUCAAUGUUGAUUAGACAGAAAUGGCAUACAGCCAAAAGGAAUGUGAAAGUAGGAGAUGUUGUUCUAGUGCAAGAUAGCAAUAUUGUAAGAGGGACGUGGAAACUGGCUCAAGUAAUUAGGGCUGACCCAGGACGAGAUGGGAUAGUUCGUGAAGUUGAUUUAAGAUAUAAAAUAAUAAAGGAUGGCAAAGGGUAUUAUGGUGAGGCGGAUAAGAUCAUGUGUAGAUCGGUACAUAGAUUAGUAAUGCUGUUGCCAAUAGAAGAACAAGUCUAAGCAUAUGUACCUUGUCAAUGUAAUCUAGUCCACAGUAGUCAAUGUCGAGGGGGGGAGUGUAUCAUUAGUAUGAUAGGUAUAUGAAAAUAGGAAUAUUUACGUUUAUUUGAUAAUUACGGGUGAGAUGUUACGUUGCGCAUCUCGAGUGUUUUUUGUUUACCCAUGAGCCCACGUAUGACGCAGCUGUGGAGGUUGACGCCUUGUGUGCGAAUCCACUUCGCAGGGAAUAUUUUUGUUUCGACCUUUCACAGAAGUGGCAGUUAUUGUGCACAAAUCUUUGUACUCAUGAAGCCAGUGUUAUGUCUAAUGGGCUGUGGAUAUGGGUUUGUGCCGUAACUGAGAUGUGAUGACAACUACUGGGAAUCAUGGAUUGUGAUAGUGUGGCCAUUGAAGUUGAAACUUUGCUCCAAUAAAAGACUGUUGCAGC